AUGAAAAUAGUAAUUAAGUCAGAACGUCCCUUUUCUCUUGCUAUGAUACUAGCUGCACUUAUGUUCGGCAUGAAUGAUCCCAAGAGUGCUUCUAUUUUUCAAAGCAUAGCAUUGAUGUAUAAAGAAGAAAAACCAUUCGACAUUAUGGAAUGUGUCGGCUAUCUUUCCGGUCAAAUAGUACCGGGAGAAGUAAACAGACUUGAUAAACUUCAGGAGAAACAAUUAAUACAAGAACAAAAUAGUAAUCCUAAUGUAUCGAAAACUUAUGAAAGAAUUGGUGAUCUUUACAAAAACCAAAAACAAUUUGGUCUUGCAUUGGAGUGUUAUCGACGAAUAGUCACCGGUGGCUUAUCCAAUGCUCCUUCAAACCGUGAGCAAUUGCCUUCAAUUUACUAUGAAAUAGCUAAUAUUUAUCAAGCUCAAGGCAUCAUACAACUUGCACUUGAGCAUUUGAAUUUAGCUAUUAACAGUGCAAUACAUACUGAAAGACCUGAUUUGGAAUUCAUUUCAGCCAUGAUGAUACAGAGAGGUGAUAUUUUUGCAGAUAAAAAACAGUUUAACGAAGCACUACUCCCCUAUCAUUAUACAUUGGAAUGUCAACUGAAACAUCUUCCACCGAUCCAUCCUAUCAUCGCUACGACCCAUGUUAAGACUGCAUCAAUGCACUUUCAACAAGGGAAAUACGAGGAAGCACUCCACGCUAACCUUCAAGCAAUUGAAAUUGCAAAUUCUUCUUUACCAUCAGUACAUGAGGAGAUCCUUAGAGAUUCAGACAAUAUUAUUUGGAAGCGAUGA